AGCAACAAGCAACAUGUUUGUGACUAUAAAUUGACUUGGCAAAGUGUCGAAGCUUUUCAAUUGUUCGUCAUCAGCUGAAAGAGUGACACCUGUUGAGUGCCAUAAACAGAAGGAUAUACAUGCAUACUUACUUAGUGGCAUACCAUCAGUAAUACUUCCGAAUGUAUAAUUUGCUAAACUAAAUUCUGUGUUUCUCAUUUAAUUAGUGAUUUGCGGUUUUGUCCUGAGGGUCACUAAUCGGUGGAUCUUUCGUCAAGCAUAUGGCAGCUCCUGCCACACGUAAUACUGAAAAUUCAAUUAAAAUGCUCGUUGGCAAUUAGUGCAUGUGUAAAUACAUAAUAUAUACGCACACACAUAUAUUAUUCGGUACGCGUUGUGUGUGUGUAUGUGUAGGCAUUUAGAGCAAAUCAAGUUAUCCGUAUCCUUAUUAAACGGGGAUUAAAAGUUCAUCCAACCGUUGCGUACAUAAAAUAAUAGGUAUGUCUGAACAAAAACCUGGCGAUAUUACGGACGCUCGGAUGCAUUCAAGUGUUGUGCGCACAGCAUCCGAGCUAAAUGCAGCUAGUGGCAAAAGACGCUCUUCUACACCGAAUUUCGGAAAUACAAAUCGUUGUAUUAUUGCUGUAAUCGUCUACUUCGCGUUGCUGUUGGAUAAUGUUUUGUUAACUGUAAUUGUGCCCAUAUUGCCCGAUUACCUAGCGACUAUAAAUAACAGGACACAACACACUCCGUUGGAGACAUUCAACAGUUACAAUGUCACAACCGCUGCUCUCAGUGUCGGUAUAGCCAAUCCCCUCACAUCACCGCACAAUUUGGCCUAUCGGUAUAUUGAUGGCGCACACCAACCCAUACAAACAAUCAUGACGAAGCAUCCGAUACCCAGCAAGUCAAACUUUACGCUGCUGCAUGUCGAUGAUAAAGUAAUACUUACGCCCGCUGAGCAUAAGCAAUUGCGCUACAUUAACGCAGGUACUGGUGGUGGCAGCGGAGGUGGUGGGAUAAUGACGAAAAGCGCAAUCACCGGAAAUUCCACAGGCACUGCCGCCAUACAAAAAGAGUUCGUUAAAGCGAAUGCCAAUGAUGAUAGUAUUGCCGCCAAAUCCGUCACUUCCACUACUACUGGAGCAGGCUCUGUCACUGACAUCAAUCAUGACGGCAAAGCUACGGGCAGACGCGCAGAUUCCUAUGAUAGCUUGACCAGUGAAAACAGUUCCAUUGGGAUAUUGUUGUCGAUGAAGGCAUUGGUGCAGUUAAUAUUCAACCCAAUCGUCGGCAACAUGACUACUAAAUUUGGUUAUCGAUUGCCGAUUGUAGCAGGCACAUUUCUGCUGCUCUUAUCUUCAGUAGUUUUUUCUGUGGGCGAGACAUACAUGGAGCUGUUACUUGCGCGCGCUAUACAGGGUGUCGGCUCGGCUUGUAUUGGCGUGUGUGGUAUGAGUCUGGUGGCGCAGCUCUAUCCGGAAGAGGACCGUCGCUCCAAAGUGAUGGGCAUAAUUUUAGGUAGCAUAGCUUUGGGAGUAUUGCUUGGUUAUCCAUUUGGUAGCAUACUUUACGAUUUAAUCGGAAAGUCAGCGCCGUUCAUAAUACUCUCUACGGUGAUAUUUUUAAAUUUGGGAAUGCAGCUUUUGACAAUGGAUCUGUCCAUACAGCCUGAGGUUACAACAGGCGCAGAUGAGGAGCAACCCAAAUGGCGUCCGUUACUCGAAAGCAAAAUGAUACUCGCAAUUGUUGUUGCUAUAUGGUUUUCAACCUCCACCAUGGCUAUAUUGGAACCGUGUUUACCCAUUUGGCUAAUACAGAACCUUCAUCCCACUAAAUGGCAAUUGGGUACAGUUUUCAUACCAGAUUCUGUUGGAUAUUUUAUUGGCACCAAUUUCUUUGGCACAUUUGCAUACAAAUAUGGGCAAGUGAAAAUUUCCUGCAUUGCAUUAUUACUUGUCGGAGUUUCAGCGUUUUUGAUUCCAAGCGCCACCACAGUCAGCCAAUUGCUCUUGCCCCAUUUCGGUUUGGGUUUGAGUAUUGGAGUUAUUGAUGCAGCGUUGGUGCCGCUACUGGCUAGUUUUGUUGAUGCCACCUUAGCGCAGGAGGAACAAUGCGAAAGCGAUGGCAUUGGCGGCGGUAACUCCAUGUCCAGCUAUGGCACAGUUUAUGCCAUACAACAGACAUCUGUUAGUUUAGCCUAUUGCUUAGCUCCUUUACUGGGUGGCGAGUUGGCGCAAACAUUUGGUUUCUCUUGGCUAAUGCGCAUUGUUGGUUUCUUAAACAUAUGUUACGGGCCCGUAUUAGUAUUACUGCAUCAAAAGUAUAAUCCCAAGACCAUACGCGAAAAGCACAAUGAGUUAUUGCUCAGAAACAGUGGCCAUAGCACCCAGUAUAAGCAACUCUACAACUCUAUUGACAUAGAGUAAAAAUUUGCAAUUGUUCGAUUAACAGAAGAUCGUUUGCAACGGUGGAAAUUCCGGCAAACUUUGCCAUCAACUUAAAACUAGGAACUAAGAAAUAUUGUAAAUAGUUUUACGUCAGUUAAGUUGUUGUAAUAUGCAUACACUCUUAUUGUAUUUAUCGACUGUCCCCAAAUAAUUAUAAAUAACA